GGUAUUUCUGCUUCCGGGUCGGGGGUGUCCGCCGCCUGCAGCUCCUCUCGCUGGCUCUUCGCGGUGCUCUCAGUGACAGCGCCUCCUGACUCAAGCCGGGGCGGCUUUCUUCGGCCCACCCGCGGGAGCCUGGCCGCCCGCACCGUCCCGGGACGCGGAGGCGCUCCUCACCUUCCGGCUCAGCCUGGGGGCCUGCAGGCCCCUGCGCCCGGAUGCUGAGAGGGGCCGCGGGCCCGGCGAGGCUGCCGUGUGCGGGCCUCGGGCGCUGGAGGCGGACCGCAGGGACCCGCAGCCCUUAGGCGUCCCGGCUCGCAUGGGCCCGCCCACCCGGUAGAUGUGGCUGCGGAGGCGGCGGCGGUGGUGGCCGGACCUGCUGCUGCUGCUGCUGCUGCUGGGCUCCAAGUUCACCUGCGCCGCGGCGCUUUGCUGCCCCCCGGGGCUGCCGUCGCCCGCUCUUCCUCCCCUGGGCCUGGCCUCGCAGCGUGGCGACGAUGGACAAGAUCCUGGAGGGCCUGGUGAGUUCCUCACACCCUCUGCCCCUCAAGCGGAUGAUUGUGCGGAAGGUGGUGGAAUCCGCGGAGCACUGGCUCGACGAGGCGCAGUGCGAGGCCAUGUUUGACCUGACGACCCGCCUCAUCCUGGAGGGCCCGGACCCUUUCCAGCGGCAAGUGGGCCACCAGGUGCUGGAGGCCUACGCGCGGUACCACCGGCCGGAGUUCGAGUCCUUCUUCAACAAGACCUUCGUGUUGGGCCUCCUUCAACAGGGCUACCACUCACUGGACAGGAAGGACGUAGCCAUCCUGGACUACAUUCACAACGGCCUGAAGCUGAUCAUGAGCUGCCCGUCGGUGCUGGACCUCUUCAGCCUGCUGCAGGUGGAGGUGCUGCGAAUGGUCUGUGAGAGGCCGGAGCCGCAGCUCUGUGCCCGACUGAGCGACCUUCUGACGGAUUUCGUGCAGUGCGUCCCCAAAGGGAAACUGUCCAUUACCUUCUGUCAACAGCUGGUUCGAACGAUAGGUCAUUUCCAGUGUGUGUCCACCCAGGAGAAGGAGCUGCGGGAGUAUGUCUCCCAGGUGACAAAAGUGAGUAACUUACUGCAAAACAUCUGGAAGGCUGAGCCCUCCACUCUGCUGCCUUCUCUGCAAGAAGUUUUUGCAAGCAUCUCUUCCACAGAUGCGUCCUUUGAGCCCUCAGUCGCCUUGGCAAGCCUUGUGCAGCACAUUCCUCUGCAGAUGAUCACAGUCCUCAUCAGGAGCCUGACCGCCGACCCGAAUGUGAAAGAUGCAAGUAUGACCCACGCGCUCUGCAGAAUGAUUGACUGGCUGUCUUGGCCAUUGGCUCAGCAUGUGGAUACGUGGGUGAUUGCUCUCCUGAAAGGACUAGCAGCUGUUCAGAAGUUUACUAUUUUGAUAGACGUUACUUUACUGAAAAUAGAACUGGUUUUUAAUCGACUUUGGUUUCCUCUUGUGAGACCUGGUGCUCUUGCAGUUCUCUCUCAUAUGCUGCUCAGUUUUCAGCAUUCUCCAGAGGCAUUCCAUUUGAUUGUCCCUCAUGUAGUUAACUUGGUUCACUCCUUCAAAAGUGAUGGCCUGCCUUCCAGCACAGCCUUCUUAGUGCAGGUAACAGAGUUGGUGCACUGUAUGAUGUAUCACUACUCCGGAUUUCCAGAUCUCUACGAACCUAUUCUGGAGGCAGUAAAGGAUUUUCCUAAACCCAGUGAAGAGAAGAUUAAGUUGAUUCUCAAUCAAAGUGCCUGGACUUCUCAAUCCAAUGCUUUGGCAUCUUGCUUGUCUAGACUUUCUGGAAAAUCUGAAACUGGGAAAACUGGUCUUAUUAACCUGGGAAACACAUGUUACAUGAACAGUGUUUUACAAGCAUUGUUUAUGGCUACAGAUUUCAGAAGACAAGUGUUAUCUUUAAAUCUAAAUGGGUGUAAUUCCUUAAUGAAAAAAUUACAACAUCUUUUUGCCUUUUUGGCUCAUACACAAAGGGAAGCGUACGCACCUCGGAUAUUUUUUGAGGCUUCCAGACCUCCGUGGUUUACUCCCAGAUCACAACAAGACUGCUCUGAGUACCUCAGGUUUCUGCUGGACAGACUCCAUGAAGAAGAAAAGAUCUUGCGAGUUCAGUCCUCACACGAGCCUGCCGAAGGUCUGGACUGCGCUGACACUUCCUUACAAGAAGUGGCCAGUAAGGCAGCUGCCGUGACAAAGUCUCCUGGCACAAGUGACAGUGAGAAGACGCUGAUAGAGAAGAUGUUUGGAGGGAAGCUACGCACUCACAUCUGCUGCCUCAACUGCAGGAGCACCUCACAGAAGGUGGAGGCCUUCACAGACCUCUCCCUGGCCUUUUGUCCUACCCCUUCUGUGGAAGACUUGUCUUUUCAAGACCCAGCAUCGUUACCCAGUGUGCAAGAUGAUAGCCUAAUGCAAACCAGCGUGGCUGACCCAGAGGAAGAGCCAGUAGUUUAUAAUCCAGCAACAGCUGCUUUCGUCUGUGACUCCAUUGUGAAUCAGAGAAUGUUAGGCAGUCCUCCUGUUGAGUUUCACUGUGCAGAAAGCACUUCUGUCCCUAGUGAAUCUGCGAAGAUCCUCGUCAGUAAAGACGGACCUCAGAACCCAGGAGGUGAAGCCACACCUUCAGUUACUGACUUACUAAAUUAUUUUUUGGCUCCAGAGAUCCUGACUGGGGACAACCAGUACUAUUGUGAAAACUGUGCCUCUCUCCAGAACGCUGAGAAAACUAUGCAAAUCACGGAGGAGCCUGAGUACCUUAUCCUUACGCUCCUGAGGUUCUCGUAUGACCAGAAGUACCAUGUGAGAAGAAAAAUUUUAGACAAUGUGUCACUGCCACUGGUUUUGGAGUUGCCAGUUAAAAGAACUGCUUCCUUCUCUUCCUUGUCAGAAAGUUGGUCUGUAGAUGUUGACUUCACUGAUAUUAAUGAGAACCUAGCUAAAAAACUAAAGCCUUCUGCAACUGAAGAAGCUUUCUGCCCCACAUUAGUGCCCUACCUAUUAAGUUCUGUUGUUGUGCACUCUGGGGUGUCCUCUGAAAGUGGACAUUACUAUUCUUAUGCCAGAAACAUCACAGGUACAGAGUCUUCAUACCAGAUGUGCCCCCAGUCUGGACGUCUGGCACUAGCACCCUCCCCGAGUUGUUUACUAGGGGGAGAAAGCCCCAGUGCAGUCAUUGAACAGGACUUGGAAAAUAAGGAAAUGUCCCAAGAGUGGUUUUUAUUUAAUGACAGCAGGGUGACAUUUACUUCAUUUCAGUCGGUCCAGAAAAUCACAAGUAGGUUUCCAAAAGACACCGCUUACGUGCUCUUGUACAAAAGACAGAGCAGUGCUAAUGGCCUGCGCAGUGACAGUCCGGCCAGUGGCGUCUGGGUCAAUGGAGACCCACCACUGCAGAAAGAGCUGAUGGACGCCAUAACCAAGGACAACAAACUGUACUUACAGGAACAAGAAUUGAAUGCUCGAGCCCGGGCCCUACAGGCUGCAUCUGCUUCAUGUUCAUUUCGGCCCAAUGGAUUUGACGACAAUGAUCCACCAGGAAGCUGUGGGCCGACUGGUGGAGGGGGCGGAGGAGGAUUUAAUACCGUUGGCAGACUCGUAUUUUGACCCUGAGAGAACUGAAAAUGCAUCUGGUUGCAAAACAUCCAAUACUGUGGCUGUUAAAAUGUCAGGCUGUGACCGAUAGCACAUCUAUCUUUUAUUUUUCUUUUCAUUAGACCCCAAAUACUUUAGGAAAACACACUUGGUGGUUGUUUUUAUUUUCUUGAAAUACAAAAUGCAUCAUGGGAAAAAAAAAAAUCUACCUCUUAAAUUUCCAUUUGCAUUUAUGGUUAGACGUGCUUGACCAAAAAUGUUGAGAGGAAAAAAGUGUACCUGGUCCCUAAUUAAGCUGCAUUAAAUUUGGUAGAAGGAUUUAAAUGGUGUAUUUUCAGUUUUACUGAACAAAAAUAAUCCAUUUAGCAUUCUUUAUAAAAGAAUUGAUGCUAGAAGUUCAGUGAAUAUAUAUAAACGUUGUUUUAAGAAAAAUGGAAAUUUUUGUUUCUGGUAGAAUUGCCCCAUUAUGAAAUUCAGGUCUUUGAAAACAGUAGGGAUGAUCAGUCUCUGGAGGCGAUAACAGUUUAACCUUCAGCUGCCAGACUUGGGCCUCUGCUUCCGCUGUCCUCGGUGUCGCUCUGAGUUUCAGGAACGGUGUCUUUUAAAGGAUUAUUUACACACACGUGGUGAGUGAAUUCACAGAAGGUGCAUGACCCUGUAAGGGCAGUGUUUUUAACCUAACUUUGUCGUCGUUCCCGUUGUCCACGGAUGUUAAAAUCCCGUUUCAGGGAGUGUAUCUCCUGUGUGUUUCAGAGGAGACGAGUCCUGUAUGUGCCUUGCAGUACUGUGAUUCAGAAAUAGGUAUCUUUGGCUGAAGGAAGUUUUCUAAAACAAAAUGUUAGGAAAUAAAUUUUGUGCUAACAUUAAAAUUAUAAUUUUUUAAAGGUAUUAGAUUUUUUCAGAGGUAAAAGCCGAUGGUUCUAAAGCAGUAAGUGUAAUGAUAAGUUUCUAACUCUUAGAAAAAUUCUGAGGAAAUGAAGCUAGUUUAAGUAAAAAAUCUUCAAUUGAUUUGUUACUCAAUCCUCAAAACAUUAAACAUUGAUAACAUUUUUAGAGUUGUAUAUUUGGGAUUUUUUUCUUUGUUUGAGAUACAUGCCUUCCACAGUUUCUGCUUCAUAAAAUACUCAAAAUGCCUCACCCCACCAUCCCUACUAUCCUUUUUUGGUUCUGGGGUGUUUCUUGUUUGGGGGGAGGGGGGAGUUCUUUUUGUUUUUCUUUUGGCCAGGAAACUGGAAACAUGUCCUCCUGGGUCUUGAUUAUACAGUAUUCAAGCGUUGUCUCAAAUACCGUUCUUCCUGGCUGUUUUACCACAUCCAUGACCAUGUAUUGUUCUGGAGAUUGGUCACAUAUUUAUUUUGAAAACACUUUAAGGAAAUAAUGGCCUUUGGUGACUUAAUUUUAUCUUUUUCCCAAGCUUUUGUGGCAGUGAUUAAAAACAACUCCUCGUCUUCAUCCUGCUGCCCCAACCUCAACCUGUUUCCAGUCACCAGAGGACUGAAAGCAGAUGGUUAGCACUGGCUUCCUCUAGUCCUGAGAGUGAUCUCCUGAGUCACCCCGUGUUCAGUCAGCCGUAGGCUGAAUGGUAACUUCUAACAGAUUCUGUCAGAGCAUUUGCCGAAAUUGGAUUAAAAUUGGGUGAAUGUGCUUCUGGAACUUCCACAAAGGCAGUAAGCCCCCAGUUUUACCUAUGACUACCAAAUAUUUCAAGGAUUUUAUGUGUGUCAAAACAUAAUUGUAAAUGAGAAAGUCUAAAUUCUAGUAAUAAUACUAGGAUUAUGCAAGUUUUAGUUGGAUAACCAAUACCAAAGUUGAGGGCUUUCUUUUAAGAUGAGAAAUGGCACACACUAAUGGUUUGCUGGAUUUCAUGUGUUUGCAAAGUGAGAAGCCCAUUCGGCUGAACUUAAUAAGGCGGCACCCUGCACUGCCCUGCCCCUCACCCAUCUGUUACUGCUGCCUCAUGUAUACACUAACACCAGGCCUCUCUGUCUCCUGUACUCCAUGUCCUUUCCAUGCUCUUUGUAAAUGUGGUUGAGAUCUCAUGCUAAAAGACUGACCAGAGGACCAUUGUUAUUUCUGUUCAGGUCAGUGCAAGACAGCUCAAAUGAAAUUGCCCGUAGGCUUCUCUGUAAACCAAAACUUAAAGCUAGAUGUGUAAGUCUGUGCCUCUGAAAGAUAUCUGUUGAUACAUUGUACAAGUUGGGAUAUUUUUCCACAAAGAAAUACGCAAGAAGAAAAUGCAUAUAGAGCAUAGUCUUGCAAGCCCAUUUAAUAUGUCCAUAGUGGGUCAUGUGCAACUCUUGACUCCUGACACUUACCUAGCCAGUUGGCUCAUUCUCCAAGCAUCAUCUUCCAUUUGAAUAGCCAGAACCCGUCUGUACCUUAAGAUGCCGCUAGAGUCCUUUGAUGGAGAGACAAGAGUCCCUCGUUGUGUCUUAGAGGUCCUGGGAUCCUUCUGACGGUUUUAAGCAGUCCAUUACAUCACAUCUGGGAAGAGAAAAAGUUAGUCUUAAAUCCAUAAUAGCGGUCAGUCUAUAAAGGUGCUUGCCACCGAUCCUGAGGACCUGACUUCAAUCUUCAGGAUCCACAUGGUGGAAAGAACCAAUUUCUGCUAGCUCUCUUCUGACCUCCACACACGUGCCAUAGCGCAAGCAUACCCACCCCCACACGUGUGCACACUAGAAAUAAAAAUGUGUGGUUUUCUUUGCUCAUUUAUUCUUUAUAAUGGUAUUAUCUACAAAAAUAUUUCUUUUCAUGAACUACCCCUUUAAUCCUGUCCCUCUAUAAAUGAAAAUUGGAAGCUUAUUUUGUGCCCAUUACACUGUAAGGAAAAAAGUUGGUACAGUUUGUCCGGUUACGGGAAGUCACCACUUCGACAUUUGUUUGCUCAAGGUAUGUACAUUACAUAGUAUACUCUAUAUAUACUCUACAUAAGCUCUAGAGCACUUUUCAAGGGAGUUUCAAAGGCAAUGAUACCAUACACUUGUGUGUAGCAUCUUAGGAAUUCUAUAUGGUAGGGCUAGGGGCACAGUUCAGCUGGCAGAGUGUUCACCUGGCAUUUGAAAAUCCCUGGGUUGCAUUUCGAGCACCCACCUGUAAACCAGCCUUAGUAACCUACAUCUUUAAUCUCAGCGGAGGCAAGAGGAUCAGGCCAGCCUGGGACAAAGAUGAUCCUGUCUUUAAAAAAAAAAUGUUGUGCUUUAUUUCACUGUUUAUAGUAUUUUGUUUCUAUUGAGUUUGGAUUUCUGAAACUUCCUGAGAUGGAAAAGGUUAAGUUUAUGUUUUAUUUUAAAAUACCCAAGAAGUGUUGACUGUUACUAAAACUUGAGUGGCAUCAUCUGGAAGAAUAAUACUAAAUCUCAGAUGAUAUCCUAUAACUGAGGUUUAAGUUCAGUACCAAGGAAGUCAGAAUUAGAAGACAUCCUACAUGAAACAAUAAGCUGGUCAUAUAUUGAGCAAAUUUGCCAAACUGUCUACUGCUUCGCUGUUUGGCUUUUUUCCCUUUUGCUCGGUUAAUUUUUAUAGAGUCCUUUUUUUGGAAAUGAAUGAACCUCCAAAUAAAAGAGUUUGGGUUU